AUGGCCUCCCGCUUGGCAAGAACUGCUGCCGGGGCUGCCCGCCUCCGACCGGCCCUGUCCCAGCGAUCUGUCCCGGCCAUCGCCUCCAUCAGCGCCCAGCGCCAUGCCUCGUCCAACGUCCCCGAGAAGGCCGACCCCAAGACCAAGGCUCAGAGCAUCAUUGAUGCCCUGCCUGGCAGCUCCCUGAUCUCCAAGUCGGCUAUUCUGUCCUCGGCCGCCGGUCUGUCCGCCUACGCCAUCAGCAACGAGUACUACGUCGUGAACGAGGAGUCCGUUGUCGCCUUCUGUCUGCUCUCCGUCUGGGGUGCCCUCAUCAAGUUCGGAGGUCCCAUGUACGCCGAGUGGGCCGAUGCCCAGAACAAGAAGAUCAAGGACAUCCUGAACGCUGCCCGCACCGACCACACCCAGGCCGUCAAGGAGCGCAUCGGCAACGUCGAGCAGAUGGGUGGUGUCGUCGAGACCACCAAGGCUCUCUUUGCUGUCUCCAAGGAGACCGCCGAGCUCGAGGCCAAGGCUUACGAGCUUGAGCAGAGCACCGCUCUGGCCGCCGAGGCCAAGGCUGUCCUUGACAGCUGGGUCCGCUACGAGGGCCAGGUCAAGCAGCGCCAGCAGAAGGAGCUCGCCGAGUCCAUCAUCGCCAAGGUCACCAAGGAGCUCGAGAACCCCAAGGUUCUGCAGCAGAUCCUGCAGCAGAGCGUUGCUGACGUUGAGAGAAUCGUUUCGUCCAAGGCCCAAUAA